GCUCCUCACCAGGUCGGUUGAUCGAUUUGAACUGCGGCUGCACGUUUACUCCCCGUUGGCUGGCCGGCUUUGCAGCCCCAAUUAUCCACCUCCUUGGCUAUCCUGGGCAAAGGCCGAGAACACGACAUGGCCUCCUGGGAGGGGGAAAAUUAAAAGAAAAAAACAAAAGCGUCAACGGGGAGGACAAAAAUAACCAGAUGACAUGGACAGGGCUCUCCAGAUUUUGUUUUCUUUUCCAUGACACAGCGUUCGCAUUCCAGUCUCGACGAGGGCCAACGCAAUUCAUGCCCCUUCGAGAUUCGAUUCCUCCAAGUUCUCCGAAAUUCCGUAUUAGUCUGCAUGUAUCAAGUACUAUUCCAUGCUUGCCGAUUGCAACCAGUCUCAAACUGCUUUUCGGAAGCAGGCCAUGGAAAUGGGACGGUGCACCCCUAACGCCAUCACCGAAAGUCAAAUCUCUUGCGCCUAAUGCAUGUACGAAGGCUCCAGUUAAAUACUACUCCGUGCUACAUGCCUGCGAUGCAUGUGCAUGCGCAACAAACCGUGCAAGCUCAGAACUUCAGCUCUCCACUGAGCUGAUGAGGCCGUACAGGAAUAGCACACAGCAUCAAUCUCUAGUGACGGCUUGGUCCGAGAGGGAGGCAUUGCUGAUGCGCGUGAAUCCUCACAGGCAGAGUCUGCGUGAGCGAGGCAGCACGAGAUGCUCUGCACGGAGUUCGGAGUCGCACAUGGCGCUGGCACCUAAGCUCCCAAGCCCUCUUGGCAAGGCGACGGGCUUACAGGCGCAAGCACCGGUAUUGAUACCGCAAAUAAUCACUACCAGCGAUGGAUACCAGCCGUAUGGAUACUUCUCGUAUGGACAUUGCUGCUCGUACCUCGCGGCCCAUCAAUUGAAAGCCAGCCAUUCCGCGUCUCCACUCGUGAUAACCGCCCGCUAACUGGACUAAGCCCCAGCCUCCACACGGUUGCCGCCCGGGCUGACGGUACAGGCACUCGUAUCUGAAGAGAGCAGGGAGCAGGACGCAGAGAACAGAGAGAGCAUUCUUGGGUGCUGAGGCAUCGCAGGCCGAUGCUGUCUGUGUCAAUGUUGUUGCUGUUGCUGUGAUGUGCUUGUGUUCGUCAAUGCUCGGCGUUCGUUCCACUGCGGUCUGAACCCCCGGGCAGAAGCCCACCACACCACACCUGUCGCAGCCGGAACCCAACCAC